UCGCGAAACUUCCGGGUUCAGGUCGUGUCCUGAAUCUAUCUCAGCUUUAUAAAGUGCACUAAACAGUGGCUCAGACUCAUCGCUGAUGUAGGGCACCUACGAAGGAAGCAGGGCGCUGUUCAGUACACGUCACUUCCGGGUUUGAACACUUCACUGACCAAUCAGCAGAGGCCACACUGCGCUUCAUCUGUGGCGAGGUUUUAUUUUAUUCAGUUUCAUUUUAUUUUAGAAUUAAAUCGUUUAAAGAAAGUAAACAGAGAAACACGUAUAUUUUAGAUAGUUUAUUUUAUAGUGUAUAUAUAGAUAAUAAAAAUAAUUGCAUCGUUCCAGAGCGCUGUCUUAAAUUCAAGCGAAAUGAAUCUUAAGAAUAUUUUAUAAAUUAAAAAAGUGUGUGUUUUAAAAACAGAAGUAGGAACUCUUUUUUUACUGUUAGUUGAAGUGACCAGCCGAAAAUAGGACACAAAAUACUGACGGACAGAGGAUCUCCACCCGUAUUCCGGAACACGUCACUUCCUGUAGCAGGAGCAGACUAAAGCAGUAUUGAGUAUAACUGAAUGAGACUCUUCCUAACGGUGACACCCUCCGUCCAAUGGGCUGAUUCGUCGUAGGCAUGACCUAUUGGCCAAUCAGCGCGCGGUGGGCGGGAUUUGUCGGAAUGCGGAUGUGGGAAAUAACUUGUCGUCGCAGCGGACGUUCUUCUCGGUGCUCCAAGAUGGCGGAGCUUCAGGAGAGAAAUGUCAGAAUGCGAGCUGAGCUCACGUGCCGGUAAAGUGUGUGUGUGUGUGUGUGUGUGUGUGUGUGUGUACACACAGGGACACACUCUGAUCCUGAUCCUCUGACAGGGCUGAAAUAAAGAUCAGGUCAGAGUCGUGAUGGUGGGCUAUGACCCAGGCAGCACCACCGUCUCUCCAGAGGAUGCGGCCCUGGCCGGCUCAGCAGCAGGUCUGGUGACCCGCGCCAUCAUCAGUCCACUGGACGUUCUGAAGAUCCGCUUCCAGCUGCAGGUGGAGCGUGUCUCGUCCUCCAGGCCUGAGGGGAAGUACCGCAGCAUGAUGCAGGCAUGGCGUUGCAUUCUGGGAGAAGAGGGACUGUCAGCGUUCUGGAAAGGCCAUGUCGCUGCUCAAAUGCUGUCCAUCUGUUACGGAGCCGUGCAGUUUGCAAGUUUCCAGGCUCUCACUGAACUCGUCCACAACAGCACAUCCUAUAACAGUCAGGCGGCCGGCAUUCACUUCCUGUGUGGAGGAAUGGCCGCGUGUUCUGCUACCGUGGCCUGCCAGCCGCUGGACACACUCCGCACACGCUUCGCUGCUCAGGGAGAACCCAAGGUUUACAGGAACCUCCGUCACGCUGUGAGCACCAUGUUCAUCCAGGAGGGGGCGCUCACCUUCUACAGAGGCCUGACCCCCACGCUGGUGGCCGUGUUCCCCUACGCCGGCCUCCAGUUCUUCAGCUACAACGUUCUCAAGAAGCUGCUGGACGACAGCAAAACCUCUAAAGGUGGACUGCAGAGCCUGGUGAGCGGCAGUGUGGCCGGAGUCAUCAGUAAAACCCUCACCUACCCCUUCGACCUGUUCAAAAAGAGACUGCAGGUGGGCGGCUUCGAGGAGGCCAGAGUGCACUUCGGACAGGUCCGGACGUACCACGGGUUCCUGGACUGCAUGGUGCGCAUUGUUCGAGAGGAAGGAUUAGUCGGCUUCUUUAAGGGUCUUUCUCCCAGCCUGAUAAAGGCAGCCGUGUCCACUGGCCUCACCUUCUUCUGGUAUGAGUUCUUCACCAGCACCAUCUCCAGCCUGAGGAGGAAGUGCUGAGCAUAGCGCUGCUGCAGGACGAGCAAGAAAACCUGCUACAGGAAACAGGAAGUUGAGGAAGUGUGUUCUCCCAACACACUUGCUAGUCAUUUUAUUACAGUUUUGUUGUUUUUACAACAUUCGGUGCUGGACUCAGGAUGUCGGUUGAAACGCACACACGGCUGUUUCUGUGACGAUACGCUAACUGCUUUUAGGUGGAUAAAUCUGAGGGAACACUAUUGCUAGGAAACGUGCGCUAUAAACGAGGCUAACGAUUUAGCGAGCUGCUUAACAGGAAUGUGCAGUCGCCAAAAAAAAAAACGACACCCAGAACAUUUACCUCAGGUGUGCUGAUAAAUUACUAAAAAAAGAUCUCUUACGACAGAAAUCAGAUUGCUAACUGAACCGCCGCGGACUCUCUCAUACAGAGAAAUGUCCAAAAAAAAAAAACAAAA